AUGGUUUCAUUGAAAUUGCAGCCCACACUGGCGUUUACCAUGUUGUUACAGUAUUGCGUUACGGAGGACACUUUGGUAGACCCGUCAACAGCCGCCUUAGCAAGUCACCCAGCUUGGACUAAGCUAGAUAAAUUAGACUGCGGAGAGAGUGCAGUCGACCGUAUCAUUGGUGGUUACAAUGCUGCAUUAGGACAGUUUCCGUGGAUCGCAAGGCUUGGAUACGUUGAAGACGACGAGUUCGACUGGAUGUGUGGAGGCGCACUAGUUUCAGACCGCCAUGUCGUCACAGCUGCGCAUUGCGUCCAAAAAUAUGAUUAUGGACCCGUAUUAACAAAGAUUCGCGUCGGCGAACACGACAUUCGAAAAGACCCUGACUGUGAGCUGUCUGUUUGCGCACCACCUGUUCAAGACGUUGCUGUCAAGAAAAUUGUGCCUCAUCCUGAUUUCAACAAGCCUGCCUUCCACAAUGAUUUGGCUAUGAUCGAACUAGAGAAACCGGUUACGCUAAAUAAUUACGUGGCUCCAGUUUGUUUACCACGGACAAAAGAGCAAUUACAAACAUUCAACAUGGGAGAGGUGCUCACUGUAGCUGGCUGGGGGAAGAUGAAUAUGACUACAGAAGACAGAGCCGAUGUACUACAAGUGGUGGCAGUUCCAGUCGUGGAGCCUUCGAAAUGUGAUUCGUUCGGCAAAGGAUUCAAACUGGCUACAUCAGAAAUCUGCGCGGGCGCAGAACACAACAAGGAUGCAUGUGGCGGUGACUCUGGAGGUCCGAUGAUGAAGAUAUAUGACACACCCGACGGCCCUAAACACUAUCUAGUCGGAGUAGUGUCCUUUGGGCCAACGAUUUGCGGUAUCAAGAAACCUGGCGUGUACGUCUCAAUAGCACACUUUAUCAAAUGGAUCCUUGAUCAUGUAGACUAA